AUGCUCACUCCCCUUACGUCAUGUACGCGCACACCCAUCCGUCACUACUACCGCUCCCUCCCUCCCGUCGCUCACGCUCCCUCCCCUCUAACGAGAAUGGGGACUCCCCGCGCCUUGCAACUCUCCUUCCUCCUGCUACGCCACACCCCACACUCUCGUCUCCCCAUCCCUCAUCUCCCCUUCCCUCGUCUCCCCAUCCCUCAUCUCCCCUUCCCUCGUCUCCCUAUCCCUCAUCUCCCCUUCCCUCGUCUCCCCAUCCCUCGUCUCCCCAUCCCUCAUCUCCCCAUCCCUCAUCUCCCCUUCCCUCAUCUCUCCAUCCCUCGUCUCCCCAUCCCUCACCUCCCCUUCCCUCACCUCCCCAUCCCUCAUCUCCGCAUCCCUCAUCUCCCCAUCCCGCAUAUCCCCAUCCCUCAUCUCCCCUUCCCUCACCUCCCCGUCCCUCAUCUCCCAAUCCCGCAUCUCCCCAUCCCGCAUCUCCCCAUCCCUCAUCUCCCCAUCCCUCAUCUCCCCAUCCCUCACCUCCCCAUCUCUCACCUCCCCAUCCCUCAUCUCCCCAUCCCUCACCUCCCCAUCUCUCACCUCCCCAUCCCUCACCUCCCCAUCUCUCACCUCCCCAUCCCUCAUCUCCCCAUGCCUCACCCCAUCUCCGCCGCACCCCGUGGCAUCGUCACACGUCGCCAUUUCCCACCUCUUCCUACUUCCCAUCCCCCUCUUCCGCCCUUCCUCCCCCCUUCUCUCAAUCCCUUCCUCUCGCCCUGCCAUCCUACUUCCCAUCCCCCUUUCCUCGUUUCCCCAGACCUCCUUUCCCCAUCCCGUCAUUCACUCUCCCUCCGUUCCCCAUCCUUCCAUUCCCCAUGCCUACUUUCACCAUUCCACCAUACCCCAUUCACCAUACUCCUAACCCCAUCUCCUCCUCACCCCAUCUCCUCCUAUACACAUCCGCUUCUUUCCCCUUCCCUCGUCACCGCGUCCCCUCCUCUCCCCAUCCCCUCCUCUCACCAUCCCCUCUUCUCCCCACCCCCUCCCGUCCUCUCCCCAUCCGCCCAUCCCACCUCACCACUUCCCUCCUCUUCCCAUCCAUCCUCUCCUCAUCCCUCCCCAUCCGUCCUUUCCCCAUCCGAUCCUCUCACCCUCCCCUCCAGGGAGCUGCUUGGGGCGCUGUGGGUGGAUGGCGGUGGGCAGAGUCACACAGCAUAG